GUCCGUCCUGCCAGCCUGCUACAGGCAUUGGUGGGGCGCUUCGGUUUCUGGUGUGAUGGUGCCUGUGCUAUUUCUGCCCCGCGCGCCCUGCCUGCUUCGUUGGCUUUUCUGCGGGGCGGGGCCCGCUCCGCAGGCAGCCGAGCGGCCUAGGCCGGGUCCCUACCCCGCCUCCGAGGUGCAGCCAGGUGCCUAGCGCGCGCGCGUGAUUGGUGUGCUAGGCUAAGGCGGCGCGAGGAGAUUCUGCCUCGCUUGCUGUUUAGGCAGGGAACUCGAAGCGUUUUUGCCUGGGCCCCGGUUGAUGAACGCUGGCUAGUGGGCCAUCUUCCUGUCGCGCCGCUGCCGCUUUCUCAUCGAUGUCUUCACUCUACACGC